AUGUCCUUUCAUAGUGAAUUCUCCCACUUCAGUAGGGAUAUAAGGUCAGGACUUCAGACCCUUCAGGAGAAGGUAUCCUCCCUUGAUCAAUGCCUCACUCGUAUUGAGGAAUAUCAGACUAGCUCAUCCCGAGGUGUUGAUCCUAUGGACACUAGUUUAGCCCCUCGAAGUGAUGAUGAAGAUUCUGAGGAAGGGAGUGAUGAAGGUGAUGAUGAAGAGCAAGGUAAUGAAGAAGAGGAAGGUGAUGAGGAAAAAGAAGGAGAUGAAGAAGAGAAAGGUGAUGAAGAAGCCGAAGAAGAAGAUGAUGAUGUUGAUAACUGA